AUGAUUGAACUAAGGUUCUGGGGCCAUUUAUACAUAGUAAUAACAUUAAUGAAUGAGCAUGGGCAGGCUGAUCGUAAUCUUUCAUCGGACGUGCUUUCAAUACGCGAAAUAAGCAAUCACAAAAUACAGACUAUCAGAGCUGAUGCUCGUAAGCUCGCGAGAUGCUGUAGGGGGAAACUACUUGGUUUAAAGUGAAGGAUCUGGGAAAACCUGUAGAUCGAUCCAGUCACAAUAGACUUCCCCAACGAGCCCCUCUUGCAAUUUAUGUACUUUGCCUUGAAGAUUUCAAACGCCUGUGAAGGUGGCUUCUCACAGUGGAAGCUUUUGUUUGUGAAUUAAAAAAUCUGUAAUUAAAAAAUUAACCGUUGUAGGAUUUUUUCCUACGGGCAUCAUCCCUCAGGCGCUGAGAUGAGGGAUCAUGAAAGAAGCUUUUUCCUCAAUAGCGGUGCCAUAGAGCGUCAAACUUCGCUUGAUUACUUUGAGACCGAAACUUGAUAAAUCUGACCUUUCACCAUUCCUUGACAAUGAGCUUGGCAGAUUUCGCUAGAAGGGGUAGACCUGCCGUUUUUGCUGCUCCAAGAGGACUGUCACCCAAGAGGCGAAUAA